GAAGUGAGGCACAGUCCAAAUGGAAGGCGCGAAAUUGACGUGAUCGGCAAUGGCGCGGCGCCGCCUGGGCAAGAGCUUGGCCUAUCUUUCCAUGCAGGUCCCAACAGGCUGCGAAAUUGCUGCCUUACGAUCAUACGAGGUGGAUAGAAUACCUCGAUGUUCAUGAAGGUGCUUAAAUAAGGUAUUUUCCAUCGAGCGAGUGGUUUCGGAAAGAACAACAAACACAUCUUUAACGCCAAAAAUGCAACUUCCCGAAGGUUUGCCGACGGUCGGUGGAGGCAGUGAGAGUUUUUGGCGCACCAACCUUCACGAACUCGACGACUAUCGGUCGACUGAAUUCCCUGAGGAGUCCGACAUUGUCAUAAUUGGAGCUGGAUACGCUGGUGUUGCGACUGCAUAUCAUCUGUUGGAAGCCGGUAGCAAAGCAUCAUCCAUCACACUUCUUGAAGCCCGAGGCGCUUGCAGCGGAGCAACAGGCCGUAAUGGAGGUCAUUUGCGCCCCGAUUUAUACGGCCAUAUUCCAACGUACAUCGACCGCCAUGGUUUGAAAGCUGGUGCUGAGAUUGCUGAAUUUGAGGCCGCUCAUAUCAAAGCAAUCAAGGACGUUGUCGCCAAGGAGAACAUCGACUGCGACUACGUUAUAACAAGGACGACUGAUGUUUGGUGUAAUCAAGAUGCCGCCGACAAGGUGAAGGCGACAUAUGACAAGAUGGUCGCAUACGGUCUGCGGCACAUGGACGAUGUGCAUUUCGUCAUGGGAAAGGAUGCCGAAGGUGUUAGUGGCAUCAAGAACGCAAAAGCAUGCGCGACAUACACAGCAGGCACCAUCUGGCCAUACAAGUUCAUCAUGACCCUGCUUGGAAUCCUCAAAGACCGGGGCGUCAACAUUCAAACACACACUCCGGUCAACAGCAUUUCUGCCUCAUCUGAAGGAGAAUGGACCGUGUCCACAUCUCGUGGAGACAUCAAGACCUCCAAAGUCGUCCAUGCGACCAAUGCAUACACCAAGGCUUUGCUACCGGAAUAUGAGAAGAAUAUCGUACCCUGCAAAGGGAUUUGUUGUCAUAUCGCUGUACCGAAGAAGGACAUUGCUCCAUUCGUAGGCAACUCAUACAUCAUCCGAGAGCAAGGCGAUCCCAGUGUUCUCUCUUACUUGAUUCCAAGAUCUGAUGGUGGCAUCAUUGUCGGCGGCUCGCAAGCGAUCUUCAAGCCUCACCUGGAGCAAUGGUACAAUAACAGCGACGACGCUGAGCUAAUUGAGGCAUCCAAGGACUACUACACCAACUACAUGCAGAAUAACUUCCGUGGCUGGGAGAACACGAAGGCAGAAGUGCAGAAGAUUUGGACCGGUGUGAUGGGAUACUCAUAUGACAGCAACCCCCAUAUUGGUGAGGUUCCCGGCAAAUCGGGUCAGUACAUCCUGUCUGCGUUCAAUGGUCAUGGUAUGCCUGUUAUUUGGCUGGCUGCGAAAGGCGUCGCUGAGAUGUUGCACUCUGGCAAGAGCUUCGAAGACACUGAAGUCCCAAAAGCUUUCAAGACGACGCAGGAGAGAAUUGAUAGAGCAAAGGCUGGACCUGAGGGUGGUGACAUUCUUGCUUAAGAGCAAUUCUCAAUGAACAAUUCGGCCAAGCUCAAAAUCAUCAUGCAUAUGACAGGCACAAGUAUGGUCCUUCUGGAAAUUGGAAACGGGAAGCCUGUUGAUAGAAACAAUCCACUUUGCUACCAGAACUGUGUCAUUGUACGUUUUCUUUGAUAUCUUACUCGUCCUUCCAAACAUCUGGUUAGCGUAAGCGCCUCAUAGCAUGAUAUGGAGGAUAUAACACGACUUCUGGCCCAUCGGGAAAGAACAUCCGCCUACAGCAGCAUCUCCGAUAUCGGCACUUUUCCUUAUCUGACUCACGAAACAUCACACCUCUCAAUCCAUCAACUAGAUAU